AUGGGCGGCUCAGGAUCAAAAGGUCAGAAACUUUUUGUGUCAGUUUUACAACGCCUUCUCACUGAACGGGGGUUAAAAGUAAAAGAGGGCACAGCUAUAGAAUUUUAUCAGUUCCUUAUGAAAGUUUCCCCAUGGUUUCCUGAAGAAGGAGGUCUUAAUUUAGAAGACUGGAAACGGGUCGGGAGAGAAAUGAGACGGUAUACAGCAGAGCAUGGGGAAGAAUCAGUCCCUCGACAGGCUUACCCCAUAUGGUUACAAAUGAGGGAAAUCCUAACAGAACAAUCAGACUUGGUAUUGUUAUCAGCAGAAGCUGCCUCCAUAACAAAAGAGGCUACAAAACUUUGUGGAGAUAAUAAAAAGAAUUAUGGUUCCACUCAUGGCAAAGAUUUGCCUAAUACUGAUAGUGAUGAUAUUCUUUCUCCUGAAGAUGAGGCUGAUUUAGAGGAUGAGGCAGCACGGUACCAUGAAGAUCAGGAUGAUUAUGUACUAAUGGCUCGCCCCAAAGUGAAACAUAAAAGGCCAGUCCCUGCCCCACGUCGAAAGUAUAUGCCUCCUGUGGGAUUUGCAGGAGCCAUGGCUCAAGCAAGAGAUGAAGGGGAUACCUCCUUCGUUUUUCCAGUAGUAUAUACUGGAGAUAGUGAUGAUGAGGAUUCUCCUGUCUGGGAACCAUUGCCUUUAAAAACUCUAAAAGAAUUGCAAGGAGCUGUAAAAAAUAUGGGGCCUUCAGCACCCUAUACCAUACAGGUGGUUGAAAUGGUUGCUAGCCAAUGGUUGACUCCACACGAUUGGCAUCAAACAGCAAAAUCAACCUUAACACCAGGGGAUUAUGUAGUAUGGAGAACAGAAUAUGAAGAUAAAUGCAAAGAAACAGUACAAAGGUACUCAGGUAAACGAGGCUUGAAGAUAACUUUAGAUAUGCUGUUAGGCACAGGAGCUUACCUUACCCCUGUGUCCCAGAUUAAGCUAACAAAAGCUGUAUUGAAGGAAGUUACUACUAAUGCAGUUCUAGCAUGGAGGGCUAUUCCUCCACCAGGGGCCAAAAAGACUGUCUUGGCUGGAAUAAAGCAAGGUAAUGAAGAACCAUAUGCAGAUUUUGUCUCCAGACUAGAGGAAGCCUUAAAUAGAAUGAUGCCUCAUUGCGAAGGCACAGACAUAUUAUUAAAACAAUUAGCAUGGGAAAAUGCCAACUCCUUGUGUCAGGAUCUUAUAAGACCCUUGAGACGCACAGGGACUGUGCAAGAAUAUAUUAAAGCAUGCAUAGAUGCUUCCCCUGCAGUGGUUCAGGGGAUGGCCUAUGCAGCAGCCAUGAAAGGACAGAAAUAUACUGCCUUUAUAAGACAAACUUAUGGUAAUGGGAAAAGACCCAAUGGCCAAUCAAAUCAAGGGCUUACAUGUUUCUCCUGUGGGAGUUCAGGUCAUAUGAAAAAGGACUGUCCAAAAGGGACAAAAGAGGUCAAAAAACCCCCACCAGGUGAUGCAGAAUCCCCCAUCUGGAUCCCAGAUCGGCUCAUUCGGCACUGCUCAGCAGAAGCAACGACCGAAGCGAAAACGAAAGCACAGACGACAAAUAGCAAGUUCAGCCGGAUGCAACUGGAGAAGAAAACAAAAAGAAAAGAAAGUUCCAACCUUCACUCAACUGCGAACGCUAACCCAAGAGGCAAAAGCAAUCCUGACGAAAACUCAGACACCUGA